AGGCACAUUUCAUGAACACUUGGAAAACAGCAAUAGCAUACAAGGUGAUGGAUAUUCCACAAGCAGGUGGAUUUAUUAAGCAACCAGAAUGUAAACCACUUGCCAUAGUAGACCAGCCAGCACUCUUUAUUAGACAGUCAUAUGUGGAUCUUUACAACCUUGUGGUGGAUAAUGCGAGACAGAAUGCAAUGCUAGAGUUGUUUUUGAAACAAGGCAGGGGUUUGUCUAUUACUUCAAUGGCCAGUCAGAGAAGUAUGAAGUUGCAAUGGACACAUUAUUUUUCUAAUCAACUUGGGUCUGAUGGUAUAUGGUACCUUGCAGAUGGUGUGACUGAUCCACUGCAGGGCAGUGCAAAAACUGUAGUUUCACUGUCACCCAAAGGUGUUAGAUCAAAACAAUUUCAAGAAAUCACUUAUGCAAGAACUUUAUGGAAAGUGGGUGGUGUGCCACUAUAUGUUCUGGAAGUGCCAGCUGCUCAGAUUUCUCUGCAAGGUGUAAAUGAAACAUGGGAGAAAGAAGCUGAAGAGGCUGCCAUGAAACAUAUCAAGCUUUGA